UCGUGCAGACGUGUUACGAAUAGUGAAUGUGUUUAGCAGAGUGUCGGUGCAGAACGUAGUGGCCGAUUCUCGGGACGAACCCGGAUACUGGGGCACGGGCUCGUAAGUUUAGUAACCAAGUGUAGCAGCUUUCUCAGGCCACCGGCUGAGUGGCUCUCCCCGUUACCUAAGAGCACUAUCGCGACAAGUGUGUGACGUAUGGGAUUACCGUCGUCGGGGUUGGCGCUACGUUAAGCAGUUUCGUGCCGCCAAAGUGUUUGUCCACGAGGUGUCGGUUUCGCCGAACCAUCGGGCAUCGAUACGACCCACAAAGCGGCGGCGGUAUGUGGAGCAUACACUUCUUUUCCUGUCUCUUUGUGACCUUCACGUUGGGGCCAGUGCUACAGAUCGAUGGCCAGCUGACGCUCGACCAGAUGCGUAUAGUUGCGACCCGGACGAACGAAUCGCACUUUGAUGCAGUUCUCAAGAGCAUUCUAAAGCCCCGGAUUGUGGGCACUGCGACGCAUGUCGAAGUGAAGCGCAGCAUUAUCGGCGAACUGAAGUCACUCGGGUUUAGCGUAGAGCUGGACGAGUUUAACCAGAAAACACCGCACUUCGGUAUGCUCAGAUUUACCAACAUUAUCGGCAAGUUGAACCCGGACGCCGACAAGUAUCUGACAUUGGGCUGCCAUUACGAUAGCAAGUAUUUUCGGGAGCACGCGUUUGUGGGAGCCGUCGAUUCGGCCGUACCGUGUGCGCUGAUGCUGAAUUUGGCCAAAACGACCGAAGCGGCCCUGCAGCUGCUUCGCAACAACACCGACCUCAGCCUGAUGCUCCUAUUUUUCGACGGUGAAGAAGCGUUCCGGAAGUGGUCGGCCACGGACUCACUGUACGGAUCGCGCCAUCUCGCCACCAAGUGGACGACGGCUCCGUACGUCUCUAAGACGCUCAGCAAGUCGAUGCGCGAAAUUGAUCGGGUGCAGCUGCUGGUGCUGCUGGAUCUGAUUGGAGCCGCCGACCCCAAGUUCUACAACUUCUUCCCCAACACACGCAACCACCACCGGCGGUUGAGUAAAAUUGAGACCAGUUUGCGGUCCAACAAGUUGUUCGUGAAGGAUGCGCAAAGCGGACCCAUGUUUCUCGAUCAGACGCUCUACAAUCGCAUCGAGGAUGAUCACCUGCCGUUUUUGAAGCGAAAUAUUCCCGUGCUGCACCUCAUACCGGUGCCGUUUCCGAAGCAUUGGCACAAACCGGAGGACAACGAGGCGAACCUGAGUCGCACGACGAUCAAGAAUGUGAACGCAGUGCUGAGGGUAUUCAUGAUGGAAUUUCUAACAUUCUGUAACAGCAAAUACGGACGACCUCUGCAAAGCUGCCUGCAAUGAUUCGGCGGACUCUCGAGCUUAAUUAUUUAGAGUAUUCGUUUUUAAUUGUGAUUCCAGAACCUUUUCAGGUAUAGUUGUAUUCGUUUCGCUGUCAGAUGUGCUGAUUUUAAGCCAUGUAUCGACACAGGAUUACGAUUCAUCAUUCCAUUAUGUAUUAAGAUUUGAUUAAUGAAAAUAUACUCUCCGUCUGUGUGAUUGAUGACAGAUUUAAGUAAGGCCACUAAUCC